AUGACAUCCCGCCCAACUCGUCCCUCUUUUACCCACAGGAGACGUCCUUCGUCUGCUAUCUUCCUUGGUUUGAACGUCAAUAUCCCUGAUUUGCCAGAGCCGCCCAGUCCCGGCGCAGCUUCCAACGGUUCCGGCCUUCCCUCGCCCCCUGCCACGAACUCGACAGGAAGCGGCAGCACCGAAAACAACGGCAGCCUCCGCAGACGCUCUGUGUCUGAUUCCACCACCUCCCCCAGCCCCAGCAAUGCCGUGCACUCCAGACCAUCAAGCCCCGACGACGACAUGCCAAGCGAUGCGGACGAUAACACUGCCAGGCUCACGCGCAGGCGCUCGUCGCAGGCGUCUUCGGAGAACGCUGCAGCUCUGCAGCGUGUCAUGAGCCUCACCCAACGCAACCGUAUCGCACUAGACAAACUAUCCAGGUUGAACACGUCCUCGCCUGCUCUUCGCAUGUCCGCAACGCCCUUGCCUCCCCUCACAGGUUCAUCCUCGUCAUCACGGCUCUCCUACAACUCUCAUGACCCUGGUGGUCGACACAGAGACUCCACGCGUUCUGGCUCCGAGACAGAACGCGAAAGCCAUCACUCAACAUCCUAUUCCUCAGAUGAUCAGUCCCUUACUCCACCGUCCACCGCCGUCCAGCCGCCUCGUCCCAAAACAUCAUCAGCCCCCUCCUCGCCUACCAAAGCCCAUCACAGCGGGCGCAGCCGCGUGUUCUCUCCUGGAGCUAGCACGAAUAACAAACCGGUCAGGAAGCGAGUUUCCGUGACGGAUUCAGAGCGCGGGUCUGAAAGAGAGGACGAGAACGAUGUCACGGUCGCUGCCCUGGCUGCUGUCGCUUCUCUCCGGAGAAGCCCGACGAGCACAUCGAUUGGUCUCUUCUAUGAUUCUCAGACCCCAGCCCCCAACGGUUCCUCUCAGCAACGCGAGCGUGCUCCUCUUACUCUCCGGCCUGCCACAUCGAUGGCCGAGUUUCACCAUAAUGAUGGUCCUAGUACUGCGCCUCCAGGGCUACGUACACACAGGUCUUCCUAUGCACUGGACCGCGACCGCGAAGGCAUAGGUUCCCGACAACAAAUGCAGCACCCAUAUCCCCUACAGGCGCCGAUAUUUCAGGAGCGAACUUAUGGUCUACCUCGCAAUCGUCCACGGGAUAACAUGAUCACAGCUUCUGGGCCAAGUAAAGUUCCCUCCUCUUCAGACUCACAGGGAGUGGAGCACAUUCGACUGAUGGACGAGUCUCUGUCUGUCUUCGAAUCUCUCCUCUCGCGACUACCGAGUAUGGGCGAAACCACAACGGCUACCAUCCCAGAACUCUACCGCAACGCGCAGAGUAUAGUUCGAUUUUCCGAGCAGGUGAACGGAAUGCUACGGACAAAGACUAAUCGUGCUCUGGAACGGCAGAUCGAUUCCGAGGUCGCAGACGAGUCGGAAGCGAUCGAUAUGGCGGCUCUGUGGAAGGAUGUGGGAAUGGAUUUCAGAGACUGUUUGCGGGUGAGCGACGAGCUUGUGCGGACGAUGACUGGUUUCUUGCUCGGUGUGGGCAAAGUGUUGCGGGAGGCUGCUCCUGCACCUGGUACAAGCACAGCUUUGCAACAUCUUCGGGGUUCAAGCCUGGAUGACGGCAUGAUGAGAAGCAUGGGCAGAGAUGGUGGGUCUUCGACCACGGGUAGUGGUACCGGAAGCGGCAAGAGCAGUGUCGAUGGCAGGAGGAGCGCCGAUGUAAGAAGGAGCUGGGAUCUGGCGAGAGGGGAGAGAGAUUCGGACAAGGACAUCCCAAAACGAACGUCAAGUCGAGCGGACGGAAUUCAUGCGCGGCCGGCAUCGUCGAUGCUCCGAGAGAGAACUCGGGACAGAGGGGACCGCGAUCGGCGAAGUAGAGAUCAAAUCAACUUGGAUGCCGAUCAAGAUCCGUCGCCGCGUAACUCGUCUUCAGCCGCAGGGCCAUCAGCGAUAUUGAGACGACUGUACACGCCCAGAGAGCAUCGGGAUCGAGCAGCAAUCGCAUCGAUUGCCGCAAGCUCAAGAACGGAUCUGUCUCUUACUGACUUGCAGCGGAGCACGCAAGAGUAUGAUCCGUCACCAACCCCUGUUUCACGCAAUCAGGCAGCGUCGAAAAUGGAUCGGCAUCGGUCACUUCCACCGCUCUCGAUCCCGACACCCCUCCCCUCGCUUCCGUCCGAGUCUUCGCUCAACCGAUCCGGGAAUGAGAAAGGGAGUCGGCGCAAAGUGUCAACAGCCUCUAAUAUCACCGUACGUGCAAACCCCAACUUCAAUAUCUCAACUUCAAGCGCGACGACGGCACUCACGCCACACACCGUGUCCAAUAACAUUACCCCUGACAGGACAGCAUUCCCAAUGCUCAGAAACGAUUCCGGGGAGUCCGCUUCGACGUCGGCGAAGAAGAACAACAUCACUUUUUCUCGACCAUCGACGGUCUCGGUGUCCGCACUGAAUGGCCUCCAACAGCGUGACACUCGCAAGCGGACGAUUUCUGCGACUUCAUCGACAUCUGUAAAUGAGAAUGUUGCUCCCGUGCCUACUUCCAACACUGCCACGACGCCUAACGUGCGUACACCCCGCUCCGGGUCGGAGACAGAGCGCCCAACGCUCAACUCUAGUAGUCGGCGGACUGUGGGUCCUACAAGGGCACGAGUGUCGCUGGACGCCGCGUUGGAAGAAGAGGCCAGAGCGGAGGGAAUUGGUGGCGAUCGGAGCGGAAAAAGCGCCCAGACACAGACGGCUGGGUAUUCGUCUAGCACAAGGAGAGAACGGCGGCGGACGGUCACAGAAAUAUUCUCAUAA